AUGCGGGACCAAAAUAACAACCAUCAUAAUAAUUUCUACUACACAUUUGAUGCCAAUAAUUCAGCGCAUGAUCAGUAUUCCUACGCCAUGCAAGUGAUAUCAAUAAUACGGCCGCCGUCGAGCAGGGACAAUUUUUCCGACCAUGAGCACCGGGUGUUUACUGAGCUAAUUGAUGCCAGCAAUCAGCUAAUGAUCCCGCUAAACCCGAUGCAUGGUCAAUUUAAUUGUGUUGGCGAUCUUAAACUUAUAAACCGCUAUACAUUGGAGCGUGAGAUCGGAAAUGUGACCUCGUUUUGUCGACGACUGCCCUAUUUUAAUUACCUUUGCCAGAAUGACCAGUUGGCUUUAGUCAAGUACGGCGCUGUGGAGAUUAUCAAUAUGCGCUCGGUCCUUUAUUUUGACCAACAUGAGCAUUAUUGGAAUAUAUUUAUUGCGGUGAAGAUAAUGGUUAGGAAGAGGAGGACAAUCACUACCACGAUGUAUGUCAUCACCAAAUGUAGGACCAAAGGAAAGGUGGCAAAUACCAAGAUUGAUAUGCCUAAUGUUACAACUGAUCCCAUGAAUAGCCAAACGCACAGCGGUGAAGAUAAUGGUGAGGAAGAGGAGGACAAUCACUACCACGACGUAUGUCAUCACCAAAUGCAGGACCAAAGGAUAGGCAGCAAAUAUCAGGAUAUAUAUGCCUAA